AUGGACAUCGCAUACGACCACAUCCUCGAGUCCAACUUCGAGGACAAGAGCGAGUCCCAGAACAGACAGAACCAGCCCGCCGCUCCACAGGCGAGCUUGAACGAGGAUCUCCAGGAUGCUUACCGCGCCUUUUCCAACAGUCCUUGGGGCGCUAGGAUUGGAGGUUUCUUUGGUAGCGUGGUGAAGCAGGGUGAGACUAUCUAUCAUGAAGCCCAGCAAGAGCUCUCCGCCGUAAGCCAAGAUGCGACCCGCGGCUUCACCGACCUGCGCCAGACUAUCAUCAACCGCACCCGAUCGCUCUCCUUGAACACCUCACCACCAGCCGACGCCGGUUCCUCCUCUCAGGACACGGGCGACCAGACCACCCCCACCCGCGCCAAAGCCCUCUCAUCAGAAGAAGCCCUCGCCGAAUCCGAAUCCGUACUCACCCGUCUCAAAGAAGAAGCCGCCAAACGCCUAAAGGAUCUCCAGAAAGCCGAAGACGCCGCCGACGAAGCUCUCCUCAGGUUCGGUUCCAACCUCCGCGACUUCUUCCGCGACGCCAUCCAAAUCGCACCACCCACCAACGAUCAGGGAGACAACCAGGGCAACACCGUUUUGUUCGAGAGCAAGGAUGCCGCUGGGAAGAGGGUGAUCCACACCUCGCGGUUCGAUGCGCAGCUUCACGUCAUCCACACCACCACGGACAACUUCAUCAAGGAUGGCACUGGCGCCGAGUAUGAGACCUGGGCCAAGGAGUUUGAUGUCGAUAAGAAGACGGAGGACAUCGCUGCUGAUCUCGCCAAGUACCCCGAGUUGAGAACGACAAUGGAGAAGCUGGUUCCCGACACGGUUCCCUAUGCGGAUUUCUGGAAGAGGUACUACUUCCUCAGACACGGUAUUGAGACUGCUGAGGCCAGGCGUAGGGACUUGCUCAAGGCUGCCUCGGCUGAAGAGGAAGUUGGCUGGGACGAGGACUCUUCCGAAGAAGAAGAAGAGGAGGAGGAUUCCAGCGAGGAGGAGUCCAGUGAUGAGGAGGAGUCGGCCCCCGCCAAACCCGCCAUUGCCAAACCUGUGCCUACUGCUGAGGCCAAGCGCCCUGGUUCUUCAAACUCUGCCUCCACGAUUAACCCUACUACCACUGCUGCCAAGCCGGCAGAGCCUCGCAAGUCUGACGACAGGAAAUCGAUGGCGGAUAGUGACACCAGCUACGAUGUUGUCGGCGCCGCGUCUGGUGUACCCAGUCAGGCGCCCAACAGUCCCAAGGACGCGAAGAAGCUCGAUGACAGUGAUGGCAGUGAUGAGGAGGAUUGGGAGUAG